AUGGAGAGCCUCGGUUUCCCCAUGCCUGGGGCUGGUAUGCCCGGGCUGAACCAGCAGGACCAACAGCGGAAGCAGCAUUCUCAAGCCUAUGGAAACAUCCUGCCAGACGGGUUGCCAUUGGUUCAGCCUCUCCCGCUUGAUUAUUCCCGUCAAUUAUACUCGGACCCUCAAGUCCAGAUGGCGAUUGACGAUCCCCAAGAUUCCAAGAGAAGGAGGAUCGCAAAGGCAUGCGACAUGUGUCGCAAGAAGAAGAUCAAAUGUGACGGGAAAAUGCCCGCCUGCACACAGUGUCUCAACUACAAAACCGAGUGUAUCUUCACCCAAGUGGAGAAGAAGCGUGCUCCUCCUAAGGGAGCCAAAUAUAUCGAAGGCCUUGAGAACCGACUCAGUCGAAUGGAACAUCUUCUGAGGUUAUCAGGACUAUUGGACGAGGAUGAGGAAACCGACCUGGGCGUUCUUGAGAAGAAACUAAUGCAGAUGCGCCGGGAAUCAGGGCAAGACUCCAUAACAGCUCUCUCAGCACCUUCGUCGCCCACUUUGGUUCCAUCCACCAAUGAGGGCAGUGAUUCCCCUCCACGGAGUCUUGAUGCAAGAUCAGAUGUCUCGAAGACGCGAACGAGUUUGUCCGUUGAUGAAGGGCGCAAAUCCUUUAGUUCAGAUGACCCUAAAGCUGCGACGGAGGAACAAGUCGAGUCUUUGUCUGAGAUGAUGUGUUCCCUGGUAACAAAUAACACCGGGGAGACGAGAUAUAUUGGUUUGCCUUUCCUUGUAUUGGUCAUUUCAACACCUGCUUACCCGAUCCUAGGUUCUUCUUCCGGGUUUUCUAUUUUCUCUCCCAAGGGGAUCGAGUGGGUCAAUUCGAAAACAGGAGACGGUUCAUUCCAAACCAUGAUCACCGAAGUCUCUGUUGAUGAUCACAAAUGGACCAAUUGGAAACCUGAGGUCUUUGCUGAUGUGUUUCGGCGACCCGUCUUCCGUCAUCUCCCACCCAAAGAGGAAGCGCUGUCUCUUCUUCAGGAUUAUUUCGAAAAUUUCAAUUGCAUGUGCCCUUUGUUUCACCAGCCAACUUUCAUGCAUCUCGUCGAGCGGCAGUACUCGUCAGACCCUUAUCAAGGCUCUGGCUGGUGGGCUAGUCUCAAUUGCGCUUUGGCUAUCUCCCAUCGAUUACGAUUUAUGAGCAAUCUUGGAUCUGAAGACGAAGAUGCUAGGGCGUGGGGCCAUAUCAAGAAUGCUUUGGGUGUUUACUCCGAACUUACGAUGCGGAAUACUGAUCUAUUGAGUGUUCAAGCUCUGACAGGAAUGGCACUUUUCAUGCAAGGAACACCCAAUCCACAGCCGAGUUUCUUGCUGGUGGCAGCGGCUAUUCGACUGUCUCAUACCAUUGGGUUGCACAAACGGGGCACUGGGUUCAAUUUGAACCCCAUCGAAAUCGAGCAACGGAAGCGAGUUUUUUGGAUCGCAUACAUGCUCGAUAAGGACCUCUGCCUUCGUGCUGGACGACCCCCUGCACAAGACGAUGAUGAUAUGAACGUCGACCUACCUGACGAGGAUCCUCCCGACUGUAUCGGGAACAUUCCAUUGGCUGACGGAAAGGGCAAGAUGAAUCUGUUCCGCGUUAUGUGCGAAUUCUCCGUUAUUGAGAGUAAUGUCUACAAACGACUGUACGCAACCAAGGCAGCGAAACAAUCGGAUGGAGAGCUUCUUAGUGCCAUCGGAGAGCUCGACCAACAGCUUGAGGACUGGAAGAAUAAAAUCCCAACCGAUUUCCGCCCAGAACACGAGAUUAGGGCCAGCCACACCCCUCUAAUAAUACACGUGGUCAUGCUGCACUUCGCCUACUACAACUGCCUCACAACAAUUCACCGAAUGUCUGUUCACCAUGGAUUUUGGACCAGUAGAUUGUCCAACUAUGCGCUUCAAGGACUGAACACUCGUGCCUUGAAUCCGCGGGUUUACUCAUCUGCUUCGCUCUGCACAGGUGCUGCAAGAGCCUCAAUCUCCUUACUGAAAUAUAUGCCCCAAGGAGACUUCAACUGCGUCUGGAUGAUCUUAUAUUUCCCAGUGUCCGCAUUGAUGACACUCUUCGCUAACAUUUUGAACAACCCACUGGAUCCAAAGGUGAAGAGUGAUAUUCGGUUGAUGAACUUAGUUGUUAAUUUCCUGUCUAUGCUCGGUCAAGAAGCAGAACAGGGUGGUGUGCAUCGCAUGCUGGGUGUGUGUUCUGAAUUCGAACGAAUCGCGAAAAUAGUCGUUGAAAAGGCUGAAAAGGAACCUCGACGCAAACGCAAAAAUGCUGAUGAAUCUUCCAAGGGGACGCCCUUAACUGCUUCGGAUGCAUCGAUUACCUCAGCUCCAACUUUGAGUACUAGCAUGAGUGAACAGACAAAGUCCACUCCCCGAACCACGGUAGCAUCCACGCCAACACCUGCGGCUUCAAGCACAGAACCAAUCAACACUCAAGACCGGACACCACGAUAUUCGAAACAUGGCCAUGAUGAGCCUUCCCAUAUACUUGGAACGGGUUUUGGAGCUAGCGCGGAUCCGUCCAUCUCAGCGACUUGGCCAAAUGAUUUCUCUCUGCUCGGAGGUGGAGGCUUUGAAGCCUUUGGCGACCCCUCAGCCUUUUCUUCAGGAACAGAGAUACCUGGUAGUGAUCCAGGAGUGUCUUUCUCGCAGCCUCUUUUACCACAAGACCUUUUCUCAUUACCGAUGUCACUGGACUGGAACUGGGCGGAACUCAGCGGUGGAGCAUACCCUACUGUUGAGAAUGGAAUGUUCGGCGGAAAUAUGCAGGGCCAGCGUGAGCAGUAA